AUGCCUCCGGUCAACACUCCCUCGAAUCACUCGCCUCCUCCCACCUCGUCGCUGCAGCUGAACGAACUAUCCGGCCCACUCCCCUCGCUGCCCGCCUCCGAUGACGCCCAUGACGAUAACGUGAGCUUCCUGCGGUCUCGUGUGCGCUCACCACCUGAUUCCUCCUCGUCCAUCUCGUCUAUCAGUCGUCAGCACCGACGCCGACAACAGACCCAACCCGAGUUGGAUCCCAUGGAUCUGGACAUCCUCGCCCGCAGGCGAUCCCCCAUCGAAAUCAAUCGUCGCAUCCCCAUCGUGCGCAAUCAGCGCGAGUCUCCCCCCAACGCCACCCCCGGCAGCAACCCGAAUCUGAAUCAUCACGGCAACAGUCAUAACAUGCCCAACUACGAAAGUCGGGUUUCCAACCCUCGUUCGCUGUACGGUUGGGCGCCGGCCUCCGAUGACGACGAUGACGCUAACGACGACGCCAACGACGAUGAUUUGACCUACGAACCGCUCCAAGACCCCAACUCCAUUUCCUCCUGGUUUGGCCGCCUCUCCGACCGCAGCGCCGCUUCCAGACGCCAUGCGCGCCGCGAAUACGUCGGUCGAAGUCCACACGCCCUGCCCGACGACCCUGCGGAUAACAACGGUGCCCACCGCUGGAAUGACCCGACGACGGAAGCCCUGUUACAGUCCGUACGACGACAACCUCGUUUCUCACGCACUCGCACCCUACACAACUAUCUGCUAGAUCGCGAACGAGCAGGCACUCAGGACGCAGAGGAGAGCAGAGAUCGGUCAUCCGCAUCCCGCGCAUAUCGCUUCCUACCCAGCAGUCGUGGCGAACCGCCUCGACUCCUGACUCACAGUGACCUGCGCGCUCGCAUCAGCGCCCAUCGACAAUUCAACAUGGACAAUCCCCCGAGUCCCCGCCUCAAGGAGACGAUUAAGUACCUGGACCGACUACGAUACUCCAACUCGUUUGAAGAAAGCCUUACCUCGGCCGCUGCGGGAGGCUUUGCCCAACUCGACUUUCUCCCCUGGGACCAUGAUGACUUUAUCCUAGACACAGCUUCGAUAGCGCCGCCCCCAAUGUGUUCCUGGCUGCGGCCCGGCAUGGUAUUCUCAGGAUCUCAGCGGGCUGCCAGCAGUGCCAGCUCGAUUUUCGGUCAACGAGUACCCAGCCCUUCGUCAUCAUCCCAUGAUCCCAUGGUCGUCAACGGAGGUGGCGAAAAUAACAACCCCAACAACAAUCGCAUCAGCGUGUACACAACGAAUGGUCGACGGUACCUAGCCAACAACAUCUACAACCUGGGGACGGGCAAGGACGAAAACUGGCCGGUGAAAGUCACCAUCCACAAUAUCAACACGCAAGAGAUGACAUUAUCGGGGACGAUGGAAGCGUACAACAUCCCCGAUAAGACCUCCCCGUCCCACGACGCACACAUCGUCACCUUUCUCGAGGGCGAAAUCAUCGACUUUAACACACACACGCUAGAAACGAAGAACUUCAAAGCCGACGCCGAGAUCGACAGUACCUACUGGCGGGAGCUGCAGCCAUUCAAAACGCUCACGGAUGAAGAGAUGACGAGGAACCUGGUCAGUCGGAAAUGGAUUACUGAGGAAUUGUCCAAGGGUUGGAUAUUGAUGCGAUGGAAAGAACGCUGUUUCAUCACGCCCACCGACUCCCGACAAGGCCUCACCAUUUCUGGAUUCUACUACAUCUCUCUCCACCGGGAGAGCGGCCACAUCGAAGGUCUCUACUACGAUCCUGGCAGUUCCCCGUACCAACAACUCUCCCUGCGGCCGGAGACCAAGAAAAUGGUCCGGCCGUCGUACAGCUUCCGCUAA